AUGUCAAAGUAUCGUGACAACAAGAAAAAACGUUAUGAAAAGAUUGAAUUUCUAGGUGAAGGACAGUUUGCCACUGUUUACAAAGCAAAAGACUUGGUAAAUGACCAGAUAGUUGCUGUGAAAAAGAUUAAAUUAGGCUCAAGGGCUGAAGUUAAAGAUGGAAUCAACCGAACUGCCUUGAGAGAAAUUAAAAUAUUGCAAGAGUUGUCUCACGAUAACAUUAUUGGACUUCUAGACGUUUUUGGUCAUGUAUCAGAAAUUUCGCUCGUUUUUGAUUAUAUGAAAACCGAUCUUGAAGUGAUCAUAAAAGACAACAACAUAUACCUCACACCUUCACAUAUCAAGUCAUACAUCAUUAUGACUCUUCAGGGGCUUGAAUAUUUGCACAAUAAGUGGAUUCUCCAUCGGGAUUUGAAGCCAAACAAUCUUCUAAUUGACGAGCACGGCGUACUCAAGAUAGGCGAUUUCGGUCUUGCCAAAGCCUUCGGAUCACCAAACCGAAUCUAUACCCAUCAAGUGGUCACACGAUGGUACCGCGCUCCAGAGCUGCUGUACGGCGCUCGAAUGUACGGAACAGGUGUUGACAUUUGGGCGGUUGGGUGCAUCAUUGCUGAGCUUCUCCUGCGAGUACCAUUCCUUCCCGGCGUCAAUGAUUUAGAUCAGCUUUUGAAAAUUUUCAACGUUACGGGCAGUCCAAAUGAAACAAACUGGCCGGGAGUCAUCAACUUGCCCGACUACAUUAAAUACAACCAAAACGAGUCAGUGCCAUUUGAGAACAUCUUCACUGCGGUGAAGGACGACAUGAUCAAGCUACUGUACACGAUGCUCGCCCUGAACCCCUCCAGUCGGUGUACCUGCUCACAGGCGCUGCAAAUGCCCUACUUCAGUAAUGAUCCAGCCCCAACACCGCCCAGUAUGCUGCCUCAACCCAAGGGCAGCAACAGUGAUGACUUUGAAGAUAUGAACCUGGAAAGGUCGGCUACCAAGCGACCUCUUUCUAGCACCAAUGAAAAGUUGGCACCAACAGCGAAGAGACUAAACUUUGACGAGUGA